GGAGUCGAGCGCGGCCAGCAAACUCAUCCGGAUCUCGCAUCAGUUUGUAAGCCGUGUUCGUAUCAUCGGCACAGCUGCAUCGCGGCGCGCGCCAAAAUCUCUCUCUCUCUCUCUCUCUCUCUCUCUCUCUCUCUCUCUCUCUCUCUCUCUCUCUCUCUCUCCGCGCGCGCAUCCCUUCGCUCCAGUCAUUCGGCUUUGGUGAAUGAACGCACGAGCACGUGGCCCCCGCGGUGUAUAGUGCGGAUUACAAUAUUAUACGCGUAUAUUCGUCAUUCGGAGCGUAUACGCGCAGUGAGAUUCGUCAACCGGAUGCGGACGCAGCGCGAGGGAGAGGGAAAGUCGGAAAGUCCGCGGAUGACUCGACAGCAGCUGAAGCAGCGAAGGCCUCGACGAUUUCCCGCUAACAGCCGCCCGUAUGUAUGUGAAUCAUCGUCGCGGCGGCGGCGGUAGCUCCUCGCCGACGACGAGCCAGCAGCAGCAGCAACAGGAGUGUCCAGUUGACGCUAGAACUUCUGCUCGAGAAGUCGACGAUGGCUCCGCGAUCGACGAGGGCCUACUCGCCGGCUCUUAUAACAGUCAGCAGACAUCCACCGUCGGACAGCUCUCCGCGAGCUUUAACUGCUACCUGGAAAGGUCGACCAGCUACACAUCGAGCUCGAGCUCGGCAUCCUCGCCGCUGGUGGACGCAGUGUUGGGCCUGGAGGAGUUGGACCGGCUCUGCAGCGAAAGCGAGCAGCAGUCAUCCCCCGGCGAAGACCACUUCAUACCGGCGCCGUCCUUCGAGGCCCUCUUGAGGAUCAGCGAAGCGUCGCAGGAUCAUGGGCCGCCACCAGCAGCACCAGCAGCACCGGCAAAACCCGAAGCAGAGGAGGACUCUGGUUCGGUGGGAAACGGAAGCGAAAGGACGGAGCAGCCCGAGGAGGAGGCCGGACAACCGGAGCCGGUUAUGCUGCCGUCGGAUCCGUCGGAGUGGAAUUCGAGUCACGUAAGCUCCUGGCUCUCCUGGUGUAGCCAGGCUUUCUCCCUGAAGCCAGUGCCGACGAUCGACGCUCUGGGCUCCCCCAGUACCACCGGUCGAGAUAUCCUGGACUGGAGCCUAGCCCAGUGGAAGGAACGUUGUCCGGGAGGCUCGGGUCGUGUUCUCGCCCGACACCUGGGCUACCUGCGGCUUCAGGCCACCGGACUUCGCACCGACGCUCUCCUGCAAGAAGAAAAGUCAACCGAGAGGUUCGGCCUCCUGCAGCGCACGUGCUCGCUGAUUGGCGCGGCGGGCGGUGCCGGAGCCACGGGGGCGUCCGUCGGAGGCGGCCAGGUCCAGCUCUGGCAGUUCCUUCUGGAGCUGCUCGCCGAUUCGUCCAACUCGUCCUGCAUCGCGUGGGAGGGCUCGAACGGCGAGUUCAAGCUCACCGAUCCUGACGAGGUCGCCCGUCGCUGGGGAGAGCGCAAGAGCAAGCCCAACAUGAACUACGACAAGCUCUCUCGCGCCCUCAGGUACUACUACGACAAGAACAUAAUGACGAAGGUUCACGGCAAGCGCUACGCCUACAAGUUCGACUUCCACGGACUGAUGAUGGCCUGCCAGGCGCAGGCCGGCGUCGGGCUCGACGGUGCUCCCAUGGUCGGCAGGUCCGGCCAUCAUCCUCACCCGGCGCAUCAUCACCCGCAUCAUCAUCCGCCGCAACACCAUCACCUCUACGCCAGCGGAGCAACUCACCCCACGACGGCUCAGCAACACCACGCGGCUGCUGGACCACCGCCGCCGCCGCCUCCACCCCCGCACUACUGCUGGCCCUACAGAUACUCCCCGCCGACGUAAUGUCGGCUGUGAUUUUAUGAACGUUAUGCUUUUGUGUAUAGUUAUGUAUAGAUAUAUAGCAUGUGUGAAAGUGAAUUUGAGAGAAAACGAUCACGUGGUUGUUAUAGCGUGUGUAUAGGAUGCAAUAUUUUUAAAAGAGCGUUUGAAGUGCGAGAGAAUUUUAUGAUCGCAGUAAAGCUGGCUUUAAUACCAUUUUUUUUUAUUUUGUUUUGGGAAGAAUUCUACGAGUUUUAUGUACCUAGACUCAUAUGUUAUCAUUGAAUGUUAUUGCUCAGUUGGUUGUUGCGUUAAUCCAUCAUUUUUUGUAAUAUUUACACACUGUAAACUUGUACUAACAUAUUAACGAUAUUGUAAUAGUUAGGAACAAGGUUUUGACGGAAGCUUUGGGUGAAAAAUAGUUUUGCCUGGGAAAAAAAUCAUAUGGUUCUUACGAAUCAUAUAUUAUUCUAUAUAGCAUCAUAUUAUAUAGACUAUGUUAAGUUAAAUACUUGGUUUCUCGAAGAAAAAUCAGCUGAUAUAUACAAAUGUGAUAGUGCAAAAUAAUACUUAAAAUAUCACGAAAAUUCAUCACAAUCCUUACAAAUAGUGAUAACACUGUCUAUAUAAAUUUAAGAAUAAAAUCGUUUAUAAUACAAUAAAAUACAUCAAUUUAUAUAUUAAUAAACCAGUUUGAAGGUUUUGCGAGGAGCUAAACAUGUUUAAGUUUAUUACUUCUAUACUCAUUAUUGCAUUCAUCACAGUUUUGAAAACAAUGCGCAAAUGUAAUUAAAUAUCAAUUUAUUCUUCAAAUCAUAAUGUAACAUUGGCAAUAAAGAAAAUCUUGAAAUAUUCGCAGCGUUAGAAAUCAAUGCUCAAUAAAGAACGUAAUAUGUGUGUGAUGUGAUAUGAAUUUGUGGUAAUGUUUGAAGUAUAUUGUAUAAAUGUAAUACGUUGAGGCUAUGUGUAACUUGAGUAAAUAUACAUUAAUGUAGGAUGCUUUUGUAUUUUUAAAUUAUCCAUGAUUACAUUUAAAAUAUAUAGUUUAAAAAGUAUAUAAGUAUGAACAAAUGUAAUAUGAGAUUGUACGAAAGUCGUUUAUAGUCAAGAAAAUUGAAUACCAUUAACACAUAUAAGAGGUAUAAAUAUUAAUAUAUCCAAAAUUACAUUGUAUAGUUAUUAAUUUCUUGUUGUUCACUAUAGAUAUAAAUAUAUAUAUAUACUUACAAUAAAGUAUAAUUGAUUGGAAACAAAAUAAAAUGUAUAUUUGCCGUCCGAUUUUUAUAAAAAGCAAUAAUAAUUUUACCAUAUACUUUUACUGGCAUGAUAAAUUUGACAAUAAUUGGUUAAUAGUAUUCAAUUAAGUUGGCUAAAGAAGAAAUUUCUAUUUGUAAAUAUAACGCCAUAUGAUGAAUGUUUUACGUCAUUCUUCGGAGAAUCAAUUGAGCCACGGUUAGAAGAAUCAGAGUCUAUAUACUGAUGUGUGCAGUGUACAUUUUAUUGAUGAAAGUAACUUCCGUAAGAGAAAGUAUGUAUUUAGAGAAUAAAAUAUAGGUAAUAAACACGA